AUUUUUAAUCUAUGUUAAAAUCAACCUCUAUCUUCCUCCGGAUUAUUAUUUCCAAUCAAAUUGCAAAAUAAAGCGAUCAAAAUCCCUAUUCCAGUAGCCAAGCUGGACCAGGAGAGAAGUCUCUCUACCCCUAAUUAUUGUCGCAUCAAACCUUUCCUGAAUUUGAUUGUUGAUGAAAGUCAAGGUGUAAUAUUUUGAGAUCCCUGGUUAAAUCCUUUUAUCACAAAAAAUGUCAUCCGCAUGGAGAGAGCCGUGGUUGCUGAGGCUCGUAUUUUUUCUCGGGUUCGGGUUAGGGUUUGAAUUUGGGGAUGCGUUGAAAGUGCCAUUCCGAGUGAACGACGUGCUACCGGUGCUGCCGCGUCAGAUAUCGUGGCCCGUGCUCAACAGCAUUCACAGCGCGGUUGAUUUGCUGCCGCAGUAUGUGGGUUCCUUGGCGCCGAAUAAUGGGACUAUCAAGUGGAAAGGCGCGUGCUUUUAUGAUAACGAGGCCAAGAUCAAGUUCAGUGGUGCCGGUGAUAAGGGAAUCGGGGGUGGCGUCAUUCAUAUUUCGACUGCCGCCGCUCACAGCUGGACAUGCAUGGAUUUGUAUGUAUUUGCCACUCCUUAUAGGGUGACCUGGGACUAUUAUUUCUCGUCUCGAGAUCAUACGUUGAAUAUCGAAUCGUGGGAGGAGCCUGCUGAAAUAGAAUACGUAAAACAGCACGGGAUAUCCGUAUUCCUUAUGCCUUCGGGCAUGCUGGGGACAUUUCUUUCCUUGGUUGAUGUCUUGCCUUUGUUCUCCAACACUGUUUGGGGUCAAAGCGCGAAUCUGGCCUUUCUGGAGAAACACAUGGGUGCAAAAUUCGAAAAACGUAGUCAGCCAUGGCGUGCUACAAUCAAUCCUGAAGAUGUGCACUCUGGUGAUUUCUUAGCUGUUUCAAAGAUCCGCGGGCGCUGGGGUGGAUUCGAGACACUUGAGAAGUGGGUCACGGGUGCAUUUGCCGGGCAUACGGCUGUUUGUCUGAAGGAUGAAUUGGGUGAUCUGUGGAUUGGUGAAUCUGGACAUGAAAAUGAAAAGGGUGAAGAGAUUAUUGCUAUAGUUCCUUGGGAUGAAUGGUGGGAACUGGCACUAAAAGACGAUUCUAAUCCUCAAAUAGCUUUACUGCCCUUACAUCCAGAUGUACGUGCUCGUUUUAACAAUACUGCUGCCUGGGAUUAUGCUCGGCAGAUGGCUGGGAAGCCAUAUGGUUAUCACAACAUGAUCUUUAGUUGGAUCGACACUGUAGCGGACAAUUACCCCCCGCCUCUUGAUGCUCACUUGGUUGUUUCUGUCAUGUCUAUGUGGACAAGAAUGCAGCCAGCAUAUGCUGCGAACAUGUGGAAUGAAGCACUUAAUAUGCGCCUUGGGACUGAGGGAUUGGACUUGCAUGGUAUUCUAGCUGAGACCGAAAGUCGAGGCAUAACUUUUGACCAAUUACUUACUAUCCCUGAGCAAGACGAAUGGGUCUACAGUGAUGGUAAAUCAACGACAUGCGUUGCCUUUAUUCUCGCAAUGUAUAAAGCUGCUGGUGUAUUUGGUCCAAUCUCCAAUUCCAUUCAAGUAACUGAGUUCACGAUCAAGGAUGCCUACAUGCUGAAAGUAUUUGAGAAUAAUGUGACUCGUUUACCAUAUUGGUGUAACAAUGGUGAAGACAAGCUCCCAUUCUGCCAGAUUUUGGGCGAGUAUAAAAUGGAAUUGCCGUAUUAUAACACUCUGGAGCCCUACACUAAUAUGAAUGAGAAUUGCCCCUCUCUGCCUCCUACUUAUGAGAGGCCCGUACGUUGCUGAACUUUUCGAAUAUUAAUUAAUCUAUGUGUAGGAGAAUGGAUAUUCCACGAAAGAUGGGUUAUGUUCUGUAGCCAAGUCUCUUAUAUAUUGUUGCUAGUCUUGGCAUAUCAUAUGCAUAUGCUUGCUCUUUAUUGUACAGAUAUCUUGCUUUAUGGUUCUUUCUCGUUUAGUAUUGGAAAAAUACAACUUUCAAGUGCACUGUUCCCCUUUGUUUCUGCAGUACUGUUGAAUUUGUCUGUGUUAUGGAGAUGCAAUCAUAAUCGUUGUUGAAUAGUGUAUAAAAUAAUGUUUGGAUAUAAAUUUUUUUUGUUUUAA